AUCUGGAAUACACAGCAAUAGAAACUAACUCAAGGCUCUCUUGAAUAUUCCUAGAUUAAAGACUUGUGCGGGACACCUCACUACAAAUCUUUACUUGUCGCAACAGCUUUGGUAAACUUUCACCAGUAGAAUGACAGUGGAUCAUAUCUUGAAGGCGUAUAGCUCUCUCUACCCAGCCAUAAACAAAGAGCUCUCUGACCAGUCUAGCAAAAAGUACGAUAAUGACAAAUUGACUCUCUUACAACUCGAAGAAUGGCGAAAUGAUGAAUUACCCCAGAUUAUCGCCUCUCGUCACCAACAGCACAACAAGGUGUGGAUCACCAAAGACGAGUUGGUUUUGUUGAUGGACUGGAAGCUUGCAAAGGGCAAGUUUAGGCCCACUUUGCCCAAACUAAUCAAGUCCAAUGGCGAGGAUGAAGUGUUGAAGUACUCCGAAGACGGGUUCCAAAUCCUCUUGAGCUACAUUGAACAACAUCCAGACUUUAGCUGGAAACUGGCAGAUAAAGACACUAUCCAGGACUACAUUUUGGCAAUAAAGAAGGCAUUUAAAUCUGUGUGUAUGCUCAAGGGAGUGGGACCAGCCACUGCCAGCUUGAUUCUAUCAUUGCUCACAAAAAUCAACGCCAGAUUGUCCCCACCCUUUUUCAGCGACGAAAGCUUUCUAUACUUCGUGGUGGAUGCACAGCGUCCAGGAUCAAAGAUCAAGUAUAAUGUCAAGGAGUACACGGAUGAGUUCUUACCAGUGUAUUUCAGUAUUUUGAAGGAGUACGAUACUGAUAUGCAUACCCUUGAAAAGGGUGCAUGGGCAUUGAAAUCUUUCGAGAUCAACAGAAUCGACAAGUUGAUUAACAUAAAGUUGGAUUCCGACUACAAAGAGGAAGAUUUGAAUAGUUUCCAGCUCAAACAAGAGCCUGAGCAAGAGCACCCCAAUGAUCAAGUGCCAGUCAAGGAUGAAAAGAGCGAGGUCAGGAAACGUAAGAGUACUGAGACAAAAGCAUCUAAAAAUCCUAAGAAAGUCAAAACAAAAUAGAACAGUCAUAAUAUUCAUGGGAUAGAUUUGGUUAUAACGGGAUUAACAUUAUUAGAAUGAUUACAUUAGAAUACAUGAUUGCUGUAUCGA